AUGGGCAUCACGAUAGCAAGCACGGCCGCCCUUGCGGGCAUAGUCUUGUUGUUGACUGUGACAUACGUGCUCGGUCUUGCAUUCUAUCGACUGUAUCUAAGUCCGCUUGCAAAAUUCCCCGGGCCAAAAUGGGCAGCCGUCACGAGCUGGUACCAGAGGUAUUUCGACCUCAUCGCCGAACAACAUGGAGGGCAAUUCCCAAAGGAGAUCAGACGAAUGCAUGAGCAAUACGGCCCAAUCGUGCGGAUUGCACCGGACGAGCUUCAUAUCGAUGACCCAGAGUAUUGGCAUGAAGUCUACGGCAACAGCAGCACGGCAAAGCCUAUAGAUAAGCAAGCAAAGCUUCAAGAUCGAUUUGGCCUUCCUGGCGCGAUAUUCAGCACGCCCGAAGCCGAACUGCACCGCACGCGUCGACAUGCUAUGGCUGGUUUCUUCUCUCGCCCGAAUCUGCGCGAAACGCAAAGCCGUGUCAAUGCACUCGUGGAAAGGAUGUCACAGCGUAUAUCGACAGAGUAUGCGGGCACCAAUCGUGUUCUGGACGUGGGAGAGAUGUUAUCGUGCCUGGCGGUGGACAUUGUGACGGAGGUCUGCUUCCGACGUUGCACCAAUUGCAUAGAGGCCCCAGACUUCAAGGCACCACUUGUCCUGACAGUCAUGACCACUAUAUGGAUGAGCCAAUGGAGUGCACAUUUCAGACCCGUGAUUGCGUUGAUUGAGAGUCUUCCGGAUUUCGCUGUUCUCAAACUCCUUCCCACACUGAAACCCAUCCUGGAUCUUCGCGUCAGCAUCAGGAAUCAGGUCCAGCAGAUACUCUCACAGAUGAACAAACCCACAGUGGGAACCAAAGAUUUUCGGGGCUCCGGUCAAGAUACGAUUUUUGACGAGAUGCUCGCGUCCAAGACUCCGAGCAGCGAGCUUACCCAUGACCGUCUCUCACAAGAAGCGAUUGGUCUGACCACCGCCGGCGUAGAGACCGUCAAAGCUACCAUGACGUAUGCGAUAUAUCACUGCCUGGAAGAUCCUGCCGUCGGCGCACGUCUCAAAGCGGAGCUUGUUGAAGCAAUCCCGAAUCCGGCCGUCAUCCCGCCUUGGGUAGAGCUUGAGAAGCUCCCAUAUCUCACUGGCGUGAUCAACGAGAGUUUGCGCAUGAGCUACGGCACAGUACAAAGAAGCCCACGCAUCAAUCGCCUGCAUCCAAUGCAAUAUAAAGAAUGGACGAUCCCACCAGGCACAGCUGUGGGCAUGGACUCCUACCACAUGCAUAAUAAUCCAAAAGUCUUUCCGGACCCGUUCGUGUUCCGUCCCGAGCGUUGGACUGGGAACCCCAAGGGUCCGAAUGGCGUGCAGCCCUUGACGAACUAUUUGACGACUUUCGGUGCUGGAUCGAGAAUUUGCGUUGCGAUGAACUUGGCAUACAUGGAAAUUUUCGUCACACUCGCUACAGUUCUGCGACGCCAUGAGUUUCAGCUAUUCGAGACAACGUCGGCCGACGUGGAAUUCGCGAUCGAUAUGAUAGCGCCGAUGCCGCAACGAGAUAGCAGAGGCGUGCGGGUGACUGUCGAUGCAUGAACACGACAUAUGCCCUAUGUCUAUCGCGUUGGUCGUCUAUCGCGUUGGUCGUCUAUCGCGUUGGUCGUCUAUCGCGUUGGUCGUCUAUCGAGUUGGUCGUCUAUCGCGUUGGUCUACAUAGGCACGUCUCUAUUUAUUUAUCACGUCCGUCUUAUAGGGAUGGGUCAUAUCGUACGGGGCAGUCCGAUGACUCAUCUGACACUGUUGCUUACCGAUGACUAAUACUCGACCUGCUCCUUUUGCCUCGAUCGUCAUUGUCCACCUGCGCAUCACAUGGUUUUUAUCAAGCUGUCGUAGGCCUCAAGC